AUGUCUCAAAACGUUUCCUGGUCAGAGUACAUGUCCCAAGGUGCGGCCUGGGAAGAAAGCGGGCUGACGAACAACGAUUUGGAUGCUAGGUUCUCAAGGAUUGCGGUGUCACAGCCCCAGCCAAGAAAGCUCUCAGGGCUUGAGAAGGAUUCCCAUCUCUUGUCUCAAAAUUGGCAGUCAGGAGGGGCUGGCAGAACUGAAGGCAGCGAAGCGUCCCGAGAAGUGAAGAUGGUGUCAGGUCUGGACGAGAACCGUUUCAAGGUGAAGGAACUGCAGCAGAUCCUGACCGCUCAUAUGCUGGCCCCGGGAACGCGAAGUAAACGGGAGACACUGGAUCGUAUGGUUGGCUUGCAGCUUUUCUCUCCGUUCAUGGAAAGCGAAGGUAUGGAAGAGCAGAACUUUCCUUGUCCGAGCGUCGAAGAGCUCCAAAGCGACCUGCGUGCGCUUGGCUGGUUCGAAGGAGACUUCGAAGAAGUGGAAGACCUUCGCAGAAGCGUUGAGCUUCAAUGUAGAGACAGCGCCGGUGAAGGCCUUCAAAAUGUACCAGAGGAUUGUCCAGCCAGAUGGAAUCGGUUCAAAGACGAAAACGACAGGGCCGAACCGGAAGAGCGCUCAGGCACGGCUGCAGAGCUUGUCCCGCCUGUCCGAAGCGACAGUACGAGAGCCGCAGAUGAAGGAAGCACGCUCGGUUUCGGGCAGGAUAUAGACUCCUCUGCUCAGAUUCAGCCCGGUAGGGGUUCCAAAGAAAGGCUCUCACAGCAGCAACUAGAGAUGCUUGAGAGCGCUCUGGCGUUUGUGGGACCCCAGUAUAGACCUUCCAAGGACGCGUAUUCAAGUCUUGCGAAGCGGACCGGGCUGUCAGCAGAAUGCGUCGAAGCGUGGUUUGAGGAGAAGAGGAGGACGGCGAUGGAAGAAGACGGAGCAUCAGACGCUCUGGGCAAGGACAGGCAAGAAGCCUGCGAUGAGCGGAAAGCGGACCCCCAGCGGAACAACGGCGGUCAAGCAGAUCUUCUCAGCACGGUGACGUCUCUCGAAAGGCGACUGACGGACACCAACCUGACCAGCGGUGCCACGAGUCCUUCCAACCUCGACGCUGUAUCUUCACACGUUAGGCCUCAACCUGCGCGGCCUGAGGAUGUCGGAAGAGGCAGCGGCGGAAACAGAACGGCGGAGCAAGAAGCUGUGGACUUGAACCUGACUCCGGCGCACGAAGCGUUUUUGGCUGGGGCGUUUGCGCUGAUGCCAGUCGAUGACGGGACGCUGCCCGAAGCUGCGUGCAGGUCACUCGCAGCCCGCAUCGGCGCCAGCGAAGCUGCGGUCACCUCCUUUUUCCGCCGCUUCAGGUCAUCUUCCAAAGAUAUGCAAUCAACAAACCCUAAGGCCAGCCCCAAAAAUCUUCAAGGACUCAGCCACUCAAGUGCAUCGGCGACCGUUCCGCCGAGCGAAGAUUCAUCUUCAGCCGCGCAGCAACGGAAUCUUGACCAAUCGGCGAUCGACGAAGCUGCGCAGCGGAAGCUCUUGGAAGAGGAGGCUAGGGCCGUAGAAAGCGGAAGCCUUUCCGCAAGCCUUAGGACUGUGCUGGAGAACAUCAAGAGGUUUGAAGCUGCCGGCACGCAACCGGCCGGCGAGAAAGACGUUCUCAGAGGGAAGGGAAGGAUCGGUCGCAAGGUCGCGGGAGUGCUCGUGGAGGACUACGAGAGCCCGAACAAGGACGGCACGAGAGACGUUCUGAGCGCCGGCGUUCACGUGGGGACCAUCAUCCGAUUGGCCGGCGCAGCUCACGAUGCAGACCUCUGCGAGCGCAACUGUCUGGACACGCACGACUUCUACAUCGUUCGCUUCGUGUGCUCCGAGUCUCCCCGUCAGCGAACGAAGCAGCGGGCGUGCCUGGAUCUCAAGAUUGAUCUGCAUCAACGGCUGAGGCUGCUAACGUGGACCGACCUGCGCAUAAUGACGUUGAAGCAUGUGCGCGCGCUGCCCGACGCCUGGCUUCUGCUCGCCCGCAAAACCCCGCUGCCGCCCCAACCCGGCGCUCCCGCGGCCGCGGCUACACCUUCCGUUCAAGUCGAGCCGGAGCCGCUGCUGCGGCCUGACGCGACGCGCGAUUCCCCUUUCCUUCAAGGAGCGCGCUCAGGAGCGGAUCUCGUCGCGCGCGCGGUGGCGAUAGGGAGCGCGGACGCAACCAACGCGCGCGCCCGAUCAGAGCCGGAGCCGUCCGCUCAGGCGACGCGCGAGCUCCUGUCAAGUGCGCGCGCGGGCGUGGCAGACGAAGCGCGCGCGGAGGUCGAGAGCGCGGCCGGCGCGGGCGCGCGAGCACAAGAAGAUACUGAGCCACCGCUAGGUCAGCCGACGCUCACUAUGUUGGUAGCUCGUGCCGAUGCGCGCGCGUACGCGCAAGGCGGAGCGCAAUCGCCGGCGGGAUCGGGGGCGGCCGCGCUGGAAGCGCGUCAGAACAUGAGAUGGGGCGAUGCGUCAGAGGAUGGGAAGGCAACGGAGAAAGCAAACGUUUGGAAGGGAAGGGGAAAGCAGACUGUUCUGUUGAACAGCAAGAAGCCUGAGUUGGUAAAGAAGCCCCCAGCGAGAGCCCCCGCCGAUCCUUUCGCUUUCACCGACCAGUUGCUUCGGGGCGUCGAAGAAAGCGAAAGUGCCCGGGAUAGGAUUAAACCGGCCGCAAUCGAGGGGAUCCCAGGUCCCGAAGUAAUCACCGGCGUGUCGGCUCUGCUCCUGGCUCAGGCAAAGGAACGAGAAGCAGAGUCACACCUCGCCAGAAUGACGUCAGAAAGCUGCCACGAUGCGUCAGCAAUCGACGCGGCUGACGCAAUGGUGGAGGACAUCGUGACGCAACUAGGGGUGGACAGCACCGAGCCGGAAAGCCAGAGAGUUUUUGUGCCCGGUUCGCCUCCCCCGAUCCCUCCACCGGCUGCCGUUACCUGGGGAUGGCGGUCGGUUAUGCGUAACCCGGUCGGUAAAGAGCUGACGAGCAAGGCGCCUGGACGACACUUGGAGACGGCUGAAAAGGACGCAACGGUGUUUCAGAUGCAGAUGGCGUCCUCAGAGCCUGUCGUUACCACUGCAGCGUCGCCGGAACUCCAAUCAGCGCCUCAUAAUGAACCGCAGAGAGCGUCACGCUUUGAGGAGAAGCAGCCAGAGUCUCUUGAUGACCAGAGUCGCCCCUUUCCCAACCCGCCGGAAAGAUCCGCUGAAGACCAGCACGGAACGGACGGAAUCUCUGGUCCGGAAAGGAAGAGAAAGGCUGAGGACGGAAGGCCGCUCGAUCCGCAGAACGGAUGGGGAGAGAGGAGAGCCAGGUCAGGUUCCGUCGCGGAAAAGAGCGGAAGCGGAAGGAGCGGUGCGGAAGACGUCGUUUGGGUCAGGAGCGGGGGUUCUUGGUGGCCUGCGCAGGUGAUAACUCAAGAGUCGUUGAGCUACAAAGAGCGGCAGAAGCUGUCGGCCACGAGCGGCGACCCGCUGGUUCGACUGUUUGGGAAGCAACCAUUGACUUUGUCGAUGCCGGCAAGCAGAACGCUCCCCUUCCGGCAGCAUAUGAAACGGUUCACGUCAGGUCGCCACUCUUUCGACUUCCAUGAAGCAGUCCAGCUUGCAAGCGAAGCGUAA